CAAACCCGACUGAUCCCGGCCUCGUUACUUUGCACGGGCCCCGUAGCUAUUAAUGUUAACCACAGUACGGAGUGCGAAGUAAUGAAGAGCAAUCCAGCCAAGUCUUGCCCCAAUGCGGACAGCAAACCCGGGGAGCCGGAACCGUGCCUGCGCGAUGCGAGAGUCUUUGCCAGAGUCUUUGCUAGCCAUUUGUAAGCCAUUUGAAAGUCGUGGUGAGACUGAGACCUCUUCGAGGCCUAAUCUGUGUCGGCUCCCGGCAGCUCUCCGCCACGCCCAGGAUAUCCAUGUUAAUGAUGGCCACCUGACUUGGUGGCUGGACUCAAGGCCAAAACCCGGACGGAGCCAGAGCUAGACAACAAUAUCAAGAACCUCUCAGCCAGGAAACU